AUGUCCAUAACACCUACGAAAGAUUCCAAACGAUCCAGUAACGACGACUUGCCACUCGACGAAGUAGAUGGAGAAGUUGGACAUGCAGUGAAAAUCACUACGCACGAUGAGGUUUUUGGGGAUAUCAAAGAGGAUGGACCUAAUUAUAGGAACGUAGGAUGGCUGGGAGCUGUUGUUUUAUUAUUGAAAAGUCAGAUAGGACUUGGUGUACUCAGUUUACCAUUUGCCCUCAUGACGCUGGGGAUCGUACCUGGUUUAUUAUGUCUGAUAGCUAUCGCCGCUAUAAUGACUUGGUCCGGGUACUGUGUAGGAGUGUUCAAAUUGAAGCAUCGAGAAGUCUACAGUGUCGUGGAUGUUGGGGAGAUCAUGUUCGGCAAGAUAGGACGUGAAGUUUUUGCCGCUAUCUACUGUAUAUUCAUGAUCUUCGUGGUCGGUUCAGCUGUGGUAGGAGCAUCUAUAGGUCUCAACGCCGUCUCAGUCCACGGAACAUGUACAGCUGUUUUCGUCGCCGUCAGUGCAGUGGUCGGGUUCCUCUUGGCUAGUAUAAGGACUUUAGGCAACAUAUCAUGGUUGGGUUGGGUCGGAUUAUUCUCAAUCGUCUCGGCCAUCUUGACUGUCACCGUUGCAGUCGGGGUUCAAGAUCGACCGGCCCUUGCGCCAUCUACCGGUGAAUGGGAUAAAGACUUCCACGUUAUUGGUCAUCCCACUUUCCUCCAAGCUUCUUCGGCCAUAUCUUCGCUCAUCCUGGCAUAUGCUGGUGUACCGACCUAUUUCUCGAUUGCUGCUGAGAUGAGAGAUCCGAGGUUGUUCAAUAGAGCCAUGUUCAUUAGUAAUGCCAUUAUCACGAGUAUAUACAUUGCUAUCGGUACCGUUGUAUACUACUACUGUGGUCAAUACGUCGCGAGUCCAGCUCUGGGCUCAGCAGGUGCUUUGAUGAAAAGGAUCUGCUACGGAUUGGCUUUACCUGGUUUAUACGUUACAGUCACCAUCUAUCUUCAUCUGCCGGCCAAAUACAUCUUCCUCAGGUUGAUGAAAGGUAGUCGACACCUUACUAGUAAUUCCCCUAUACACUGGGCUGUUUGGUUGAGUUGUGUAGGCACUUGUACCAUUAUAGCCUAUAUCAUUGCUAGUGCCAUUCCAGUUUUCAGUAGUCUAGUAGGGUUGAUCGGAGCUCUGUUUGGUACCUUCUUCUGUAUCAUGUUGAUGGGAGGAAUGUGGUUAUUCGAUAACAAAUCUCGACGUCAUACUGACACAUCAUUCGGAUAUCGUGCAUUAUUCUUCAUGAAUGUGUUUUUGGUGGUCUUAGCAGCCUAUUUGAUGAUUUCCGGGACCUGGGGAGCUGUCCAAGAUAUCAUAGAUAGUUAUAACGCCGAUGGAGGACAGUCAGCUUGGUCGUGUAAGGAUAACUCGAAUUCCGUAUAG